CCCACACCUGUUAUCCUGCUGAAAGAAGGCACAGAUACUUCUCAGGGGAUCCCACAGCUUAUUAGUAACAUAAGCGCUUGCCAAGUAAUUGCCGAAGCGGUUCGUACUACGCUUGGCCCCCGGGGCAUGGACAAACUCAUCGUGGACGACAGAGGCAAAGCAACUAUUUCUAAUGACGGUGCCACCAUACUGAAGCUUCUCGAUGUGGUCCACCCUGCUGCAAAGACCCUCGUAGACAUUGCCAAGUCCCAGGAUGCAGAGGUUGGUGAUGGUACCACUUCAGUUACUCUCCUGGCUGCUGAAUUCCUAAAGCAAGUCAAGCCGUACGUGGAAGAAGGCCUGCACCCCCAGAUCAUCAUCCGUGCCUUCCGCACAGCAACGCAGCUGGCCGUAAAUAAGAUCAAGAAGAUUGCUGUUACGAUCAAGAAGACAGAUCAAGAUGAGCUGAGAGGCCUGCUGGAGAAAUGUGCCAGCACCGCUUUGAGUUCCAAGCUGAUUUCCCAGCAAAAGGGUUUCUUUGCCAAGAUGGUGGUGGAUGCGGUCAUGAUGCUGGAUGAGCUGCUGCAGGUCAAAAUGAUUGGCAUCAAGAAGGUGCAAGGAGGCGCUCUGGAGGAUUCCCAGCUGGUGGCUGGAGUUGCCUUCAAGAAAACCUUUUCCUACGCUGGGUUUGAGAUGCAGCCCAAGAAGUACGAGUCACCCAAGAUUGCCCUGCUCAACAUUGAGUUGGAGCUCAAAGCGGAGAAGGACAACGCUGAAGUCCGAGUCCACAAUGUGGAGGAUUAUCAGGCCAUUGUGGAUGCCGAAUGGAACAUCUUAUAUGAGAAGCUGGACAAGCUCCACAAGUCCGGGGCCAAAGUCAUCCUCUCCAAACUGCCCAUUGGAGACGUGGCUACUCAGUACUUUGCAGACAGGGACAUGUUUUGUGCUGGCCGAGUCCCCGAAGAAGACCUCAAGAGAACCAUGAUGGCCUGCGGGGGAUCCAUUCAGACCAGCGCCAAUGCCCUGACAGAUGACGUGCUUGGGCGCUGCGCACUCUUUGAGGAGGCCCAGAUUGGGGGAGAGAGGUAUAACUUCUUCACAGGCUGCCCCAAGGCCAAAACGUGCACAAUCAUCCUACGAGGGGGGGCCGAGCAGUUCAUGGAAGAGACGGAGCGCUCCCUCCAUGACGCCAUUAUGAUCGUUCGAAGAGCAAUCAAGCAUGACUGUGUGGUCGCCGGCGGUGGAGCGAUAGAAAUGGAAAUCUCCAAAUACCUCCGAGACUAUUCCAGAACCAUUCCGGGCAAGCAGCAGCUGCUGAUAGGGGCUUAUGCCAAAGCCCUGGAGAUUAUUCCACGCCAGCUCUGUGACAACGCCGGCUUCGAUGCCACCAACGUCCUCAACCAGCUCCGAGCCAAGCACGCGCAGGGGGGGACCUGGUACGGCGUGGACGUGAACAACGAAGAUAUCGCAGACAACUUUGCAGCCUGUGUGUGGGAACCGGCCAUUGUGCGCAUCAACGCCCUGACGGCCGCAUCCGAGGCAGCCUGCCUCAUCGUGUCUGUGGAUGAAACCAUCAAGAACCCCCGGUCCACAGUAGACGCCCCUCCUCCGGGCCGCGGCCGAGGGAGAGGGCGGCCACACAACCACUGAGAGCCGGGUUUGGUCAUUCGUGGGAGAGUCAGGGGCAUCCUCCCUUAGGGAAUAUGACAUCGAGGCAUCACCCCCUCACCCUUUUUCAUCUGGUUUUCCCAUGUGGGUCAGCAAAGCCGCCUUUGAUGUUCGCCAGACCUCUGCCCCGUUGAGAGGAACGGCGUUGUGAGUGCAAGCAAGCAGCCCAUGUCAAAUUAAGUUCCUCUCAUUUUUGUAAUUUGGACUUGGACCCUUGAACUUCCGGAGAGAAAGCUUUGAAUGCUGGUAUCCAGGCCUCAUCCUUCCUCUCCUGGUUUCUAAGCCUCCCCCAAUCUCUGCACUCUUGACAUAGUGUGUGAAUAUUAUGGUGGCUCAUUCUAGGUUGUAUUUAUUGGUUUUUCUGUGGAGGCUUAAACUCCAGCACGACCACAAUAAACAGUUCCCCUCUCGUGGGUCUUAGUA